CACCGGACCAGAGAAGGCAUGAUGGCCGAGCAUGCUUAGACUCGGCUUUAUUCAACCUCAUCUCUGGACUAUUUGGACCUCAUACAUUAGGUCGGUUGAGUAUCCAUUUGCGAGUCACUUCCACUUCAGUAUACAAAAUGGAAAGUUGCAGUAACAUGGAUGUUGGUGGCCAUCGGAAGACUGCUGCGUUGUAUCCUGAGCCAGCCUAUACUCCUCGUGGAAAGAUCCGCAUCGCCACAGUUGGCGCAGGCUUUUCUGGUCUCAUCUUUGCCUACAAGUUGCAACAUGAACAACCUGAGUUCCAGGAUCUGGUUGACCAUACCAUUCUUGAGGCACGCGCAGACCUGGGGGGGACUUGGUUGGUCAACCGCUAUCCCGGGGUACAAUGUGAUGUCCCAGCCCACAUCUACGCCUUUCCCUUUGAUCCCAAGACAGACUGGAGUCAUUUUUACGCCACCGGACCUCAGAUCCAUGAGUACAUGAAGGACACGGUGCAAAAGUGGAAUCUCGAUCGAGAUGUUAGGCUCAGCCAUAAAGUGACACAAACGUUGUGGCUGGAGGAGCGGUCCGAAUGGGAAAUCAAGGUUGAGACUCCAGAUGGCGAAAAGACGCUGUACGCCGACAUUCUGGUCUCAGGCCAGGGAGUCUUGAAUUCCUGGCGAUGGCCCAACAUUCCGGGUUUCGAGAAAUUCAAGGGCCACAAGUGCCACAGCGCCGACUGGCACCAAGGGUAUGACUACUCGAAUAAAACCAUCGGUGUGAUUGGGAAUGGGUCUUCGGGGGUGCAAAUCAUCCCCCAGCUCGCCGAUCUGCCAGGCACCAAAGUGAUUUGUUUCCAGAAAAGCUCGAAUUAUGUGUACACACCCUUUGCGCCGGCCACUCUCCUGGGUCGAGACGACCAGUCAGGAAAUCCAGCCUAUACCGAAGAAGAUAAGAGGAAGUUCCGCGAAGACCCAGAAUUUCAUCGCGACUACCGCCAAAAGAUCACCCAUACUAUCAAUGCCGGAUUCAAACGGUUCAUCAAAGGUUCUCCUGAGAACAAACAAAUCACCGAGGACGCUCGUGAGCAGAUGCGUCAAAAGCUACACAACGACCCCUUUCUGUGUGAAAAGUUAAUUCCUGAAUGGGGCCUGGCAUGUCGUCGUAUUACCCCGGCCGAAGGCUAUCUCGAAGCACUACAAAAGCCCAAUGUCGAACUGGUCGUUCAGGGGGUGGUCAGCGCGGAUGAAGAUUCUAUCACCUCGGCCGACGGUCGAACCUUUAAAGUAGACGUGAUCGCCUGCGCCACGGGCUUCGACGUAUCGUGGAAGCCGUCCUGGCACAUGAUCGGGAGGAACGGGGUCGACCUCCGGCAGGAAUGGGACGCGGACCCUCGCGCGUACCUAUCGAUCGCUGCCGCGGACAUGCCCAACUACUUUAUGUUCUUGGGGCCCAACGCCGUCGUCACACAUGGGUCACUCAUCGAGUCUAUCAACUGGUCGGCCAAUUACUUUCUCAAGUGGAUUCGCAAGAUGGCCGAGGAAGACAUCGAGACCAUCGUGCCACGACGUGAUGUGGUUGAUGAGUUGAUCGAGUAUGAAGAUGCCGUACAUCAAACCUUUGUGUGGGCGGACAAUUGUCGAAGCUGGUUCAAGAGGAAUACCAUUCACGGCCGGAACGUUGCUGGAUUUGGGGGAAGUGCGUUGCUUUUCCGCCAAGUGCUCGAGGAUCUCCGCCCCGAGGAUUUUGAGAUCAAGUAUAGGAGUAAGAACAGAUGGUCUUUUCUGGGGAAUGGAUUCACGAGGUUCGAACUGGACACCCGGAAUAAUCUGGCGUGGUAUAUUGAGAAGUAA